UCCCCUUGGCGGGGAGCGCGGGGCCGCCGAGUUUACUUUCAGUUUGCAGCCCCGCGGCGUCUGGGCUGCGGGUCCCCCCCGCACGCCGCGGGCGCGUUGGUGCGAGGCCAGGGGCGGGGGCCUCCCGGAGUGCGCGGCCGAUGUCCUUCGCGCGAAGUUCCUCGCGGGGAGGAGCCGGUCCGUGCGUGGACUGUGGGGCAGACCCGCGGGUCGCGCUGGAGAAGUCCUUGGUCCGUGGAAAUAUACCUGGUUGAGCGGGCGGCGGCGACCGCGGGUGAGGCUGGUGGCGAGCGGAGGCGCCCCGGGGCCCACCCGCUCCCCGGGAACGACCGCGGCGCGCUCGGGACACGGCCUCGGCCCCGCCGCGGAAGGAAGGGGAGCGCCGGCAGGUCAGCAGCAGGCAGGAUUUUCUCCCUAUCUCGAAAGCCCAGCAGAGGCACCAGCUGCACCGCCGGCCUGCGCCCGCCCCGGGAAGAUGGGAAGCAAGGCUCUGCCAGCCCCCAUCCCGCUGCACCCGUCCCUCCAGCUCACCAACUACUCCUUCCUCCAGGCUGUGAACACCUUCCCCGCAGCUGUGGACCAGUUGCAAGGUCUGUAUGGACUCAGCGCCGUGCAAACCAUGCACAUGAACCACUGGACAUUGGGCUACCCCAAUGUGCAUGAAAUCACGCGCUCCACCAUCACGGAGAUGGCGGCCGCCCAGGGCUUGGUGGAUUCCCGCUUCCCUUUCCCCGCGCUCCCCUUCGCCACGCACCUCUUCCACCCCAAGCAAGGGGCCAUCGCCCACGUCCUCCCAGCCUUGCACAAGGACAGGCCCCGCUUUGACUUUGCCAACCUGGCCGUGGCCGCCACGCAGGAGGACCCCCCCAAGGUGGGGGAGCUCGCCAAGCUGAGCCCCGGACUGGCCUCGCCCCUGUCGGGCAUCAGCAAGCUGUCCCCGGACAGGAAGCCCUCCCGCGGCCGCCUGCCCUCCAAGACGAAAAAGGAGUUCAUCUGCAAGUUCUGCGGCAGGCACUUCACCAAGUCCUACAACCUCCUCAUUCACGAGCGGACCCACACGGACGAGCGGCCCUACACCUGCGACAUCUGCCACAAGGCUUUCCGGAGGCAGGACCACCUGCGGGACCACCGGUACAUCCAUUCCAAAGAGAAACCCUUCAAGUGCCAGGAGUGCGGGAAGGGCUUCUGCCAGUCCAGGACCCUGGCGGUCCACAAAACCCUACACAUGCAGGAAUCUCCACACAAAUGCCCCACAUGUGGAAGAACCUUUAAUCAAAGAAGUAAUCUGAAAACUCACCUUCUUACCCAUACAGACAUCAAGCCCUACAACUGUGAGCAGUGCGGCAAAGUGUUCAGGCGAAACUGUGAUCUACGGCGGCACAGUCUAACUCACACCCCGCGGCAGGACUUCUAGAGCAGCCAGGGACCCGCGCCCGCUCCGGCAGCUCCAACUUGCCCAUUUUGCUCAAGGACUGUGUUGUAGGAACUCACAGACACGCACACACACACACACGGAGACACACACGCAGACUCGGGGCCAAGCUUUCCUACCACACGUCUGCGAAACUCGUUUAGAGAGUGCGGACUGCAGGAUCGGGCCCCUCUCCAACCCACACCCAGGCGUAAAGCUCAUGUUGUAGAUACUCGCGGCUCAUUUUAGAGCUCUGUACAGAAUGUGGUUUUCUUCAUUUGUUUCGUAUCGUCGUGUCAGAUGCACAUCGAUAAUAAAUCGGGGAGGCAAACUAUCUCUUAAAAGUGUAUUUCAAAAUAAAUCCUUUUUUUUUUCCAAA